GGCCGGGGCCUCGGCGGCCUUGGCGGAGGAGGAGGGCUCAGCUUCUCGGGAUGUUGCAACGGUUGGAGUUGUUCCAGACAUGGUUGCCGUGGUGUUGCUCUGGGAGAACGCCUUGAUGAAUGAUUAGCACCAUUCAGUGAUGGGCUGUGGGACUAGCAAAGUACUCCCUGAGCCUCCCAAGGAUGUCCAUUUGGAUCUUGUUAAAAAGGUUGAGCCGUACACUGGUUGCAAGACUGACAUCUAUAAGCACUUCAUCAAAGGGGAUGGGGAUGGGAUCAAAUCUGCCAUUCCUUCUCCUCCCUGCCACGUCAAUCCCCAUACGGAACAGCCAGAACCCCGUAAGAACAGAGUGGCCAAGUAUCGUGCAAAAUUUGAUCCCAGAGUGACAGCCAAAUAUGACAUCAAAGCCUUGAUUGGUCGAGGCAGCUUUAGCAGAGUGGUUCGAGUCGAGCACAAGGCCACCAAGCAGCCAUAUGCAAUCAAGUUGAUAGAGACCAAGUACCGCGAGGGGAGAGAAGUGUGCGAGUCAGAGCUGUGUGUGCUGCGCCGUGUGCGCCACACCAACAUCAUCCAGCUCAUUGAAGUAUUUGAGACUCAGGAACGCGUCUACAUGGUGAUGGAAUUAGCCACUGGAGGAGAAUUGUUUGACCGAAUCAUCGCAAAGGGUUCCUUCACAGAAAGAGACGCCACUCGCGUCCUGCAGAUGGUAUUGGAUGGGGUGAAAUACUUGCAUACAUUGGGCAUCACUCACAGGGACUUGAAACCAGAGAACUUGCUCUAUUACCACCCAGGCAUGGAUUCUAAAAUAAUGAUUACAGACUUUGGGCUGGCAAGUGCCCGGAAGAAGGGAGACGACUGUUUGAUGAAGACAACCUGCGGGACGCCAGAAUAUAUUGCGCCAGAGAUCUUGGUCAGAAAGCCGUACACUAACUCUGUGGACAUGUGGGCGCUGGGUGUGAUCUCAUACAUACUUCUCAGUGGGACAAUGCCUUUUGAGGAUGACAAUCGCACCCGCUUAUACCGGCAAAUUCUGAAAGGAAAGUACAGUUACUCAGGAGAGCCGUGGCCCAGCGUUUCAAAUCUGGCGAAGGAUUUCAUUGACCACCUGCUCACCGUGGAUCCUAAUGAUCGGAUGACGGCGCUGCAGGCCUCGAAGCACCCCUGGGUGGUCACCAUGGCGGCCUCUUCUUCCAUGAAGAACCUGCACCGCUCCAUCUCUCAGAACCUCCUGAAGCGGGCCUCAUCUCGUUGCCAAAGCACCAAAUCGGCUCAGUCCACCCGCUCCAGCCGCUCUACCAAAUCCAACAAGUCCCGGCGGGUGCGAGAGCGAGAGUUGCGAGAGCUGAACUUGCGUUAUCAGCAGCACUACAAUGGCUGACACCUUCGUGGGAGGAUCCCCACGGUCCCACGCGUUCAUUGGUUCUUGGGGUGUGUUCUGCCCUCCAUCUUCUUACGUGCGUGUUGUCCGCGGCCCGGCUGCCCUCCCUCUCCUCUCAGAGACCCACUCCACGUCCACUUUCCGGCCUGGAAGGAGGAGAUGGGGUUUUGGAGGCCCCUCACUCGAGUCAAGUCACUUGCAGCCUCUCUCUCAACAUUUGGAAAUUCUGCCUCUUGGCCAGCCCUGGGAAACGUUUUCAUCGUUAGCCACACGGAACGGAAGCGCCCACACCUCGCCGGGAGUCCCAGCUCCUCUUACCUAUUUAUAGUCUUCAAACGGAUCAAAGUGAGAUCUGUUGCUGUUGAACCUGGUGGUUGAGUGACUUAGAAAUUCAGCCUAAACCCAUUUCCUGGGAAGUAGGUUCCUUUUUACUCAGCUGGACUUAUGAACAAGCAUUCAGUGAAGGACGGCAUAGAUGGUUGAGGCAAGAUCCAAAGCUUUGUGAGUGUGCGCAGGGAGGACGGCGAGUUUGCUGUCCCGGCUGCAACCUCCUGCCCUGGAUCAAACAAAUAUUAUUCCCAAGCAACACGACCGGAAGUAAUUUUGAGAGGGCGCACGGAGCUGGGAUGGGAAAGUCUAAAACUCCCAUUGUUUGGGUGGAAGACUGUGCACGGCCGCCUGGACCACCCCAACCUGCUUUCUUCAGAGUCAAAGUCAGAGCUUUGAUUUGGCCGUGCAUUUAAUGGCCUUUGACGCUCUGCACAACUGUAAAAUAAGGACCAAUUCUGGUGGAGGACAUGGAAGAUCAGGAAUAGGGGUGUUCCUCCUCCUCCUCCUCUGUUUCCCUUUCUCUCUCCCCUCAUCGCCUUCCUUUCUUUUCUACCUCUUGGGCCAUAGACACAGAAGUGCCUUCACUACACAAGUCUGGUUGGAAAUGCCUCGAAUUAGGCUUUGCCCCUCUUUGGGUCUUCCCACAUGCGUUGGGAUGUUUUCUUGGGUCUUCCCUUGUGUUUUUACAUCGAAUUCCAGGAUGAAUAGCCAA